AUGGAUGAGGUAUGGGUAUGCAAAUGGAAUCUGCAUGAGAGCACCACAGCAAGAGUUAGCAAGCACGCACCACACCAAACCCCCAACCCGAAAUCCCCAGCAAAAUCUCCGACACCACCGAACCCCAACCAAAAGGAUGGAUGUGCAAACAAUUGGAAGGUGCUGACACAUACCAAUGCUAUCGAUCAACCGUCAAAAAUCAACUCCCGCCGGAAUGAAGCAGAGGAACAACAACGUGGGAAGCUCAACCCGGAAGAAUGUGGAAAGAGGGAUGGAAAUGGAAUCACGAACGGGAAAAUGUGA